AUGCAAUUCCACCUUUCCACAAUCUGCCUCGCGGCCGCGACCCUCUUCGCCUCGCACAUCAUCGCUGCUCCCGCUCCCGCGCCAGUCCCAAACCCAAGCACAAAGAGUAGCCCAGUCUUCUACGGUGGACCCAGCGGUCACGACGAAGGAAACUCGGUCUGCUUCAAGGGCUACUUCUACGGCGCUGCAUCGUGUCCUGGACGAUACAAGGAUGGGACAUGCUGCAUCUCAGAGGAGAUCGAACUCAAAGUACCGGAACCCAAAGCGCCCGGAUACACGGGUGACGGCGACGCUGAGUGA